AUGGAGCAAGUUUUCAUGGGUAUCAAAUCCAAAACUGAGCAAAAAGAAUGGAUUGCGGAGAUUGAAGAGUUUGGAAAAGAAUCGGAAUAUUCUAAAAUUCUUAACGAGUCCGCCAAUUUCAUGCUUAGGGACAUACUAGUGAAGAAUCAGGCGACCGAUACAUUGAGAGUCGAGGACUUGUUAGAAGCUUUGGACAGGGAGAUUUCAGCCAAGGCGUAUGUGGAGCUACGCCUCGGUACUACCAAUACUGAUACAAACGGGUUACAUUCACAAGAUCGUCGCCCAAACUUACCAGGUCCAUCGUCGACUGGCAAAAACGCCGGGACAUUCUCAAACAGCAGCGACGAUGUUGGAAAUGUUUUCAAAACUCACGUUCCAGCAGCAGCUGCAAAUCUGCGGACUGUUCUAGAUGCGGACGCGCGCAUCAUGUACAGCGAUAACAUUCAAAAACUUUUCGAGCUAGAAAACAUUGGCAUCACUUCUCUUGAAAGUGACAAAGAUCAGGGUACUUUAAAGUACUUCAGGGAGUACUCGAAAACGAUCACGUUCGACGGCAACUAUAUCACAGUGCCGUUUCCACUCAAGGACAAUAUAGCUGAACUCAGCGAUAACUACGGGGUCGCAAUCAAGAGAUUGGCGGCUCUCCAAAGGAACUUACACGCCAGUGGCGAACAGAUGGAGUGGUAUAGCAGAACACUCACAGAUUACGAGCACCAGAACGGGAACAUCAAGUAUUCAUUACCAGACACAGCAAGUGCUAAUUGCGACGACGAUCUUAGCUAUGAUCCUGACUUGAUACAAACCACAAAGCAAGCUGUGAAGCAUUGGAGUACUCUUCUCAAAUUGCCAAUAAAUUUUGGGAACGGUGGAGCUCCGAAUAUCUAA